AUUUAAGUCUUCUGUCAAUACUGUGUUUGAUUUGACAUUGAGAGCUUUGGAGAGGUUAUUGCACUAAAUACAAACCGAGUUUCGGUUUAAAUAAAAUAUAUUUGUAAUGGUUCAGUCGGUGCAAAGUACUAAUAAGAAAACUACCUUAUAUGAAUCUGCGGUUGCGGGUGGUAUGGCGGGAGCCAUUACGAGAGCUGUGGCACAACCCCUGGACGUUCUAAAAAUACGAUUUCAACUCCAACUUGAGCCUAUACGAAACGGUUCCAAAUACAGCUCUAUACUACAAGCAGUGUCUUCUAUUGUUAAGGAAGAAGGUAUAUUAACAUUGUGGAGUGGUCACGUACCAGCGCAAUUUCUUUCAAUAUCAUACGGAAUCUUACAAUUCUCAGUGUUUGAACAGCUUACGCAAGUAUGCCAGAGUUCUGAUCUACAGUUUUAUAAUGCACACAAACACUGGAUAAACUUUUCCAAUGGUGGGGUAGCUGCAGCCGUCGGUACUGUUGCAUCAUUUCCAUUUGAUACAGUCAGAACCAGGCUAAUUGCUGAGCAGAAGACAAAAAAAGCCUACAAAGGGUUCACCCAUGCAAUCACCUCUAUGGUAAGGACUGAAGGAGUAGGAGCCUUGUACAAAGGUUUAACACCUACUCUUGGCCAGAUAGCACCACAUGCUGGCAUACAGUUUGCAGUGUACAGGUUUCUUACAGAUAGUGUAUUUAAAAAAAUACCUUUUUUCCAAAGACAAGCAACUGUUCAUUCUGUGGUUGAAUCCUCCUUGGUGGCAAACAUCAUAGCUGGCUCUAUAGCUGGAUUUGUGUCCAAAACAGCAAUCUAUCCAUUUGAUUUAGUAAAAAAAAGAUUGCAGAUUCAGGGUUUUCAGCAGCACAGACAGUCUUUUGGCAAGCAGAUGUACUGCACUGGUCUGCUGGAUUGUGUAAAGUUAACCAUCACAGUUGAAGGGUUCCUAGCACUUUAUAAAGGCUAUGGCCCCAGUAUGUUGAAGGCAGUUUUAGUUUCAGCAAUGCAUUUUGCUGUGUAUGAUGAAAUCAAACACAUGUUUUUGAAAUUAAAGAGUUGAUGGAUGUAGUUAUUUUUAAAUAGAUCUAAACUCAAGAAGGUUGGUAUAUGCAUGGGCAAGUCAUUACAUUAAUUUCCUAGCACAUAUUUGUUAUUUAUUCAGUAUUUGGUAACCUGCCAAAUUAACUCUCAUUGUACAUUAAUUUAUUAUAUUGCAUCAUCUCAGGGGAGUAAGCCUUACAUAUACCUAUCACAACUUGGUAAUAAGAAUAAAGCAUUAAUUUUAAGAUUAAAAAACAUGGGACUGAACACAGGAAUAGUCAUCACCUAUUUUAAGAUAGAUAAACCAAAACUGCCAUCACAUUAAAAAAUCCAUUAGUAUUUAUUUUCAUCACCAGUAUUGA